AUGGAGAUCGAUAAGCUGCUGAUCUCCCGAGCUGAUGGUGUCGAUGUGGCAUUUGAACGGACGAAAGCAUGGAGCACUUACAGUAAGGAUGUGAUAGCAUACGUUAGGUCACGGAUACAGCUGGAACAAGACCAUGCUAGAAAAGUCCAUGCAUUGGUAGACACUUCGCGUCGGGAUAUCAACAAGCCAUUUAUGCCGUUGAGAGAAAUCUUCGAGAAUUCGUUUGACACGGAAGUGGAAAUGGUAACACAUACAAAAGAAACAACGGAGCAUCUAAAAGAUCGGGUUGUGGAAGCAUUAGAUGCUAGAAGAAAAGAACAUGAUACGGUUAGAAAUGCAUUGAAAGUCGAGUGGACGAAGGCAAUGAAAGCGUUGCAUGACACUGAGGAAGCAUACGAAAAGUCAAAAAUCACAUUACGAAUGCGGGAAGAAGCUCUGAAAAAAGCACGGGAAAGUUGUCUACGAACGGAAAGUUCACCACCAGAACGGGAAGCAUCAAGACGUAGACGGGAUUUGGAGAAAAAGAAUCGGGCCGUUGAGGAGGCUAUGAUUAAGAAAGAAGAAGCCGAACGACAGGUGAUGACAAUAACAGCUGAGCUCCGAAAGAAGAGGCGGGACAUCGAUAAGACCAAAGAGAGCGUGGUCGAACGGCUCCGCGAGCUCAUAUUCCAGUGUGAGCAGACGACCAAAGCGUGCACAGUUCAUUAUUUUACGUCACUGGCGGCGCUUUGGGCGCGAUUGCCAGGAGCAUUUCACGAGUUGUCGAAUGCGACAAGGGACUAUCAGCCGGGGACCGAGUACAUGGCAUUCCUGCAAACUUUGCCCACGCGAGCUGCCAGUAGUAGCAGUCUUGUCAGAUCGGACCGUUCUAUUGACGAAGGUGUAGCAUCAUGUGAUGGAUCGUCCUCUUUAACAUCUCUCCGUAGAAAUGCGAUCAACCCAGACGACGAAGGGGCUCUUCCGGAUACCAAACGACACAAGAAGACAAGCUAUGCUGGCCGAACAUUUGACAACCAUGAGAUCUCAACAGCUGCUCAAUCGCAUCACAUUCAACGAACUGUACAGCCAUCAAAAUGCUCCGCUUGUGAUACAUUGUCCAUCCUAUACACAGUUCAGUGUAUUGAUUGUGGAGGACAAUGGCAUAAAGCUUGCUUUCCAAGAAUCCAACAAGUAUGUGGACAAGCUUCCAAACUGGUCGAUCGCCGAACGUCAAUUUUUGGAGUUCCGUUGAAAGGUCUUCUGGAACAUCAGAACAGACAUAUCCCGUUGAUUAUCGAGAAGAGCAUUGAUCAGUUGCAGAGGAGAGGGUUGAGAGCUAAAGGAAUUUAUCGAACGUGUGGAGUGAAAUCGAAGAUUGAAGAAAUCUGCAACUCAUUUGAAAGGAGUUCUUCUGAUGAGGAGAUCUGCCUGGAAAAUGAGAAUCCAAUGAAUCUGGCCUCAGUUGUGAAGUUGUAUCUUCGAAAACUUCCCGAGCCUCUUCUCACUUAUGAACUCUACGAUGAUUUUGUGAAACUAGGAACCGAAUGUUGUUCUGCUCAAGCAUCUGGAUCAAAUUGUGAAGAGGAGAAAGUGGAAAAAUUGAGACAGCUCGUUAGAAAACUACCUGUUCACAAUUACGAAACACUCAAAUUUAUCAUGCUUCAUUUAAAUCGGGUUUCAUGGUUCCACGAAGUAAAUCUAAUGGGUGCCGCCAACUUGUCAACUGUAAUAGCUCCUUCUUUAAUCUGGAUGUCUCCGAAACGAAUCGAUCACACGUCAGCCAUCAUGCAUGCUCAAUACACGAACAAAGCAAUUGAAGUGAUGAUACGAAAUUCAUAUUCGAUAUUUGGAAUGGAUCGACAAGCUGAUUGGCAGAGUUUCUUCUCGCGAUACAGUGUGGAAGAACCUCCAAAAGAGGAGGAGGAUUGUGGAAAUGAAUCUGAUAUCGAGGAUGAUAUUGAAGAAGAUUUGGAUGAACAGGAGAGGUCUGAUGAUGAUGAGGAUGAAGCGAUUUUCCUUCCUUCAACACCAGAUAUUCUGAAGACAACGAGGAAACCUGUCGAGCAAACGACAUCGCUUCCGAAUCCCAAGUACCUAUUAAAUAAUUCACUAAUCUUAUUAUUUCUAGUACCCGUAGAAAGAGUAUCAAGUGGUCGAAGAUCAAACAACAACGAGCCGCCACCGACGGUUCAAAGAAGGACCACCGAUGUGACAAGAAGAAGUGAUAUGGGUGAUAAGAGGAAGAGUUACACCACUUCGAUUGUCAUUGCUCCCAGAGAUGGAUCGCCUGAUCAUGUUGAUCAGAUUCAGAUUAUUGAACGGGAUGUAUAUGACAAAAGGUCAUCAUUGGAACAGGAGAAGGAGAUGUUUGCGGAGGGAUCGGUGGGAAGGACAAUGCUACUCUUUGGCGAACGAAUGUGCACAGUCUACGGUGGUAACGCGGAAAAUAAAUCAUCGGCCAAAUCAUCGAUACCUUCAACGGCAAUCGACCGCCGAAGAGGAAUUCGACGUGGUGGACGUCGAGUCGAGCCGGAAAGGAAUCAAUCCGACGACGACGAUGACAAUUGUCUCACCAAUGACACUUCC